UGCCUUGCGCUGCUGCGACCCUAGCGAUGUUCUCUCCACAUCAGUGAUCAGUGCCGUUAGAAGAUCGACAAGAUCUCCGUGUGUUAAUGCGUGUCGCGCGUCCGCCUAAGUUGACGGGCGCUUCUCAAUAUGAAAGUCGCGUGUUUGUGUGUGUUUGUUCUGGUUCUGGCGGUACAGGCUACGUCAGCGUCGUCCAACAGAGGUUUCGUCUUCUUGGCUCCAAAACGGUUGCUGGCCGACAGCACUGAGUCGGUGUGUUUAUCUCUCCACAAUGUGACGGGAACUGCACAUGUCAGUGUAGAUGUAUUGCACCCAGACUCUGAUGACAAGAUUACAUCUACUCAGCAUAAAUUCAAAAAUGGAGUGGGAGGUUGUCUGGCAUUGUUUGUUCCACCUGUGCAACUGUCACGGGCUCGUCUCCACCUAAAGGUGCGAUUUGAUGAACACUAUGACUACAACAUCAACAGUGUGAAAGAGGUGCACAUCCAGCAUGACCCAUACAUUGUUCUGAUACAGACAGACAAGCCAGUUUACAAGCCUGGACAAGAGGUCAAAUUCAGGAUCCUUACACUCACACAUGACUUGAUGCCUGUCGCUGGCACAAUCAGUAGAGUAUGGAUUGAGAGUCCAUCUCAAGUUCGCUUGGCACAGUGGUUAGAUGUGAGUACAGAACAAGGACUGGUGCAACUCAGCUUCCAGCUCUCGCAUGAACCACCUCAGGGUCUAUGGGAGAUUAAGGUCGAACGAAAUAAAUCUCACACUCAUGUUCAGAAAUUUGAAGUUCGUGAAUAUGUUCUUCCGAGGUUUGAAGUCACCAUAAAGGCUCCUGAAUAUAUCUUGGCUGAUGCAGGAUACCUCAACUGGAACAUAUGUGCCAAGUAUACUUAUGGACAGCCAGUAAAAGGACAGCUGCACAUUAAGGCUAUUCCACAAACUCCAACAUGGCGCCAGAGGAAAACAAAACCACCAGAGAUAAACGUGAUGACUCAGCUGAACAGGACUGAUGGCUGUUACACAUUCAGUAUCACAGGAACAGAGCUGGGUUUGCACGACUGGGAUAUUGCCCCCAACAGCAUCGUUGUAUCUGCAUUCGUGACUGAACGAGGCACAGAUAACAUUCAGAAUGUGACUUCAGUCACUUCUGUGAUCCACCAAGCACUGAAACUAGAGUUCCUGCCUCAUAGCUCCCAGUACUUCAAGCCAGGACUGCCAUAUAAGGGAAAGGUUAAAGUACUCAAGCAAGACAAUACUCCUGCAAUUGGAGAAGUGUUACAGCUUUGCCUCAAGGUGCGAGGAAAAGGAGAGUGGAGUCGUACACUUGUUAUGUGCAAGAACUUCACGUCAGAUGUUGAAGGGUUUGUUCAGUUCCUGGUUCCACCACAGCAUCACAAUGUUGUGCUUCUCUCUUUUGUGGCUACAGCAGUAGGAUAUCAAACCAAGUAUUACUCACCAGACAAGAGAUGGCGUGUGUUUAUGGACCAACCGUCUGCUUUCUUUGAUGUUCACACAUGGUUUUCUCCAACAGACAGUUACAUAGAAAUAACAGAUAAAAAUGAGAAGACGCUCAAGUGUGAAUCUGAUCACAAGUUCGACAUUUAUUAUACAGCACAGCCAAAUGUCACUCAGCUCACCUUCCAUUACUUGGUGAAGUCUCGAGGUGAUCUCAUCCAGUUUGGUGAGAUCCAGCACCACACACAGAACCAGAAACUGAGGCUGUAUGAGGGGUUUGUCAAUAUUCUCGGAGGGAACGAUGAUGCAGAUAGGAACUCUAGUGAAGAAGCAGAAGAUGAGGGGGCAACUGUAGAGAAGAGCGUUGAUAAAGUUGCUCUUCAUAUCAAAAUACUCCCCAAGAUGUCACCACUGAGUUACCUCUUGGUGUACUAUGUCCGGGAAGAUGGGGAAACUGUUGCUUCCAUGUACACUAUUCGAGUGAACAAGUGCUUUGCAAAUAAGGUUGUUGCAAAGUUUUCUGAGCACCGUCAGUUCCCAGGGUCAGAAACACUACUGGAGAUUUCAGCAUCCCCUCACUCACUGUGUGCUGUCUCAGCAGUUGACAAAAGUAUAAGUUUCUUGGGAAAGCCUGGCAGCAAACUGGAUGUGGAUCGAAUGUUCCAGGACCUGUCUCGCUUUGCAAUUGAUGCAAACAGUGCACCAUUACAGACUGAUCCUUGGGAGUAUUGUGCGAAAAAGGCUCAAGGGCGUGAGGAUGUGACAUCAAUGGCUGGAACAGAGGAGGUGAGUCAAAAACCUAGUCGAGGAGUCGUGGUUGAGCCUCCAUUCUGGGAUUUGCGUCGGAGGAGGAGGAAACGAUUCAUAGCCACUCAGCCACCUUCGAAGUAUGUGGACUCCAUUCAAGCAUUUGACGAUUUUGGAGUAGUGGUGAUGUCUGAUCUCACAGUGGAGACAAGGCCAUGUAAUACAAUGACAGGUCAGCAAGAAGGAAUGUUUCUGGAAAGAUCAUCUAUGUUGAAGAGAUCAGAUGAAGCAGAGUCUUCUCCAAUACGUGGACUGAUGAUGCCCAACACACCCCCUCUUGCUUUCCCGCUUGUGGUUAAAGCUGCAACAAUGCUUCAGGGCUAUAUGGAGGAUUCGCGCCCUUCGGCAGUGGAGGUGCGCUCAUUCUUCCCCGAGACCUGGCUAUGGGAGUUGCAGUAUACAGGGGACAGUGGAGUACUCACUCUGAAUCGGGAGGUGCCUCACACAAUCACAGAAUGGAUUGGCACCACAGUUUGUGUGUCUCCACAGCUAGGACUAGGGAUUUCACCACCGGCACAUCUCACAGCCUUCCAGCCUUUUUUCUUGGACUACUCAAUGCCAUAUUCUGUAAAGAGGGGCGAGGUGGUUCAACUCAAAGUUUCACUCUUCAACUUCCUCUCAUACAGCCUGCCAGUCCGAAUUGUUUUUGAGGACCCACAUGGAGUUGAGCUCAUAAACGACAAUUCUACUGUCUUGGCUUGUGUGGCUGAACGGACCACGUUCGUGCAGCAGUUCCAUAUUCGAGCAUCAGAUCUGGGCAAAGUGAACAUAACUGUGUCUGCUGAGGUGGAUCCCUCAUACCCUGAGGAAUGUGGUCCAGAAAUUUUGGUUCAUAGAAGAGACGUUCUUGUCAGACCAAUUCUUGUGCAUCCUGAGGGCUUCCCGAUAGAAAUCACCAAGUCAGCCUUCAUCUGCCCCUCAAAUUUCUCAGAGGAUGAGAAUGUUCUGUGGUCAUUAGAGUUGCCACCAGAUGUGGUAGAGGAUUCUGCAAGGGCUGAUGUCAGUGUUGUUGGUGACCUGCUUGGUCCAACAUUGCAGAACCUAGGUCAUCUGGUCCGAAUGCCAGUGGGGUGUGGAGAACAAAACAUGAUUCUGUUUGUUCCAAACCUUCAUGUUAUCAAUUAUCUGAAUGCAACACAGCAAGAGAACUUGGUCCUCAAAGCUGAGGCUAUCAAAAAUAUGGAGAAAGGAUACCAGCGAGAGCUGAACUAUCGUCACACAGAUGGCUCUUACUCAGCAUUUGGUGACACGGAUGCUGAAGGGUCGAUGUGGCUCACUGCUUUUGUAGUGAAGUCAUUUUCCCAGGCUCGGGGGUAUAUCUAUGUGGAUGAAGAUGAUCUCAAGGUCAGCAUGCGAUGGAUCACCAAGAAGCAGCUGGAGAAUGGAUGUUUCCCCCUUGUUGGGAAAGUGUUUCACAAGGAUAUGAAGGGUGGGCUUACUGGAGAGACAUCAUCUGCCGCGCUGACAGCGUAUGUACUCAUCUCGCUGCUGGAAACAGGGCUCCCUCUGCCCCCCUCAGUUAUCUCUAACUGCAUGUUCUGUCUGAAAGGAGCAGCGGAUCCUGACAUCUAUACACUGGUUCUUACUACAUACGCCUUCACGUUGUUGGGAGAGAGAGAGAUGGCAGAGGAGUCCCUUGAACGGCUGCUAAGCAUGGCCACCAGGCAGCAGGACCUAAGUUGGUGGGAAAAGUCAGGUACAUCAUCCUUAGGCCUGAGUGUAGAGAUGACGGCAUAUGCUGUUCUGUCUCUUGUGAAGCUUGGUGGGGAGGAGAACCUCAUCAAUGCCUUCCAAGCUGUGCGCUGGAUCUCCAAACAUAGAAAUGCUGAGGGUGGCUUUGUCUCCACACAGGACACAGUAGUAGCCUUGGAGGCACUAACAAAGUAUGCCGUCAUGUUACCACGCAGUGAGAAUGGUGUCAGUGUUGUAGUAACUGCCACAGAGAUGGAACAUACAUUCCACAUCCAUGAACAUGAAAGACUGCUUCUCAAAAGACAACAUCUGCCAGUACUGCCAACUCAAGUGGAAAUGGAUGCCAUAGGAGAGGGCUGUGCUCUGGUGCAGACAUCUCUCAGGUACAAUGUGAGGAAUGCAUCAGGGAGUGAUGCCUUUGACCUGGAGGUAAGGACUGGUCCUGUUGCAUCUGUGGAUGAAUGCACCAUGCAGAGAAUAGAGGCCUGUGUCCGCUACAAGUUGCCAGAUCAGACAUCAAACAUGGCUGUAUUGGAGGUGUACAUGGUGACCGGCUAUGUUCCAGAGCAGGCUUCUCUUUACCAGCUGUUACAUCAACAAGAUAUCAGUGUCAAGCGGUGGGAGGAAGCUAAGGAUCAUGUGAAUUUGUACUUUGAAGAGCUCUCAACCAGGAGGCAGUGCGUUGGCUUUCUUGUGGUACAGGAGACAGAAGUAGAAAACCCAGCUCCUGCAAUUGUCAGAGUAUAUGACUAUUACCAGCAAGAACUGUCAGUGUCAACAAAGUACACCACUGAUGGAGGCUGCAGGAAUGAGAAGCUGCCUCAUCCUCAGCCAGACAUCUUCAAUGAAGAUGGAGUCAUUACAAAGCAAGAAUCCCUCUCUGAUGAACUGGAAGCUGUUGAUGUCCUGCCACAAGAUUUUCAAGAGGUGACUGCAAACAUCAAUGAAGUACAGGUUGAUGUGAUUCAAGCAGACAGUAGCACACUGAACAGUAUGAAUGGAACCGAGGGACUGAACGCACAGUUUGUGGAUGUGGACCACGAAAUGGAAACCCCAUCGGGAGAAGAAGGACCUGUACCAUCGUACGCAUUACCUCAAGCUGACGUAGAUCCUAAUGUAACAGGUGCUGCCAUUUCAUGUCCUACCUGUGAUGACAGUCCUCCUAGCAAUUUCACUGAACUCUACUGCAACUCAGGCACAGUGUACAAACUGUCUACAAGGAAGGACAAUAAUUCCAGAUUGCUGAUGAACAUGAGCCCUGGGCAACCUGCACGCAGGAUACGAAGGGUGGUGAAGCUUGUGUUAGGUGUAGACUGCAGGUGCAAACCACUUGAGAAAGUGGGAGGACACAUACUCCUUUUGGAUCAGAAUGCAAAUAUGAGCUACAUAGAAGAUGAAGUGGACACAGAGAGUACACCUGAACUAAAGCUAAACAGCUCAAUGAUUCUCAUUGGUGUAGAGACACUACCUGGUCAGCCCGAAAUAGUGAAAGUGGCUCGGAAUGGUUGCUGAUACUUGGCAUCUCUGGAACUGGAAUAUAUUUGAAGCACAGUGAAAGAGCAUGCUGUACCUGCUUGUUGUAGUCCCUGCUUUGGAGUGCUAUGGUGCAAUUUGUCAGAACAUGAAAAGUACCUCUAACUGAAAUCAGGUUAUAAUGUAACUAUAAAUUGAUUAACAACUUAAGUAAUUUUGUUUUUUUAAAUAUAAAUCACAUUCAGUACUCUCUAGUAUUUGACACCAGACCUCAUACCUUUGCAUUACAAAUUAUCCCAUGCUUACUUGCAUACUUAUUCUGUGGCUUAUCGUUACCUAAGAGCCUUUGCCUCCAGUAUGACAAGAUACCUAUUACUAUUUGCCCUGUCCAAUCAUCUGUUUUGUUUCAGCUCCUGUAGAUAAUGUUGUACAACUUCCAGCCAUCUCAGUCUGGCCCUUCCCACUUGUCAACCACUUUCAGACUUAUUUUUAUAAGUUUUCUUAGUCACCCUUGUUUAAUCCCUUCUAAUCACAUGUCUCAACCACUCCAGCCUUCUUCAUAUAAUAUCUCAUACCUGGUCAGGGAUUUUAUAUAAUUCCCUCAGUUCUUUGUUAGUCAUGAUUCUCCAAACCCUUUGUUCAAUUAUUGAUCUAUAUACUUCCAUCAACAUUCUCCUCUCCUGUACAUUUAACAUCUUUUCAUGUUUCACAUUUAUACAUAACAACUUGUAACAUUCUGUUAUAUAUUUUAAUUCUUUUAUUCUGCUCACAAUUGCAUAAUACCAUGUUGAUGUGUUAAAUUUUAUACUAUAUAAGAAUCAUGAUGUUUCCACCUAUUCCGCAUUUCAAAUCCACUUUUUAUCCAAAAUAAAACACAUUUAUUUAUAAAUAGAGAUGUUUCCAGUACCUUGAUUAUUCUUGCUUUUCCACUGGAAUUUAAGGAUGGUCUUUAAACAUACGUAUUCCUAAGCACAUUGUUCAGUACAUGUUGCAGUAUUUAAAACGAGAAUUACAAAUUUGUUGAAUCAAGUGAGUUGAAGAGACAGGAUCAAAUCUAAUAAAGAAUUUUAGAACUCCCCAAAUUCAUUUAUUAUAGGACAACAUUUGCAAGAUCAACACAUUGCACAAUACAGAAUUCUUUUUAAUUUCUUUUUUGGCAGAAUUUUAUAUUUGUUACAAAUAUUUCAAAAGUAAAUAAAAAAAGUAAAG